AUGGGUAUCUUCCGUCGCUUGCUCAAGUCGCCGUUGGCGUUGGUGGCAGCAGCUGUCGUCGGUGCUGCUGCCUCUGUGAUCGAACCACAGCAGCGUGUGUGUAUUGUGGGAGCUGGUGUCGGCGGGAGUGCUACGGCCUCGUUCCUCCGCACCCUUGUCCCUGAUGCGUCCGCCGUGGAGAUUGUCGUGUUUGAACAACAUGCUAUCCUCGGCGGUCGCAUCGCCACGUUCGACUAUCACGGCGCGACGAUCGAAGCUGGUGGCACGGUUUUUCUUACAGGGAACGAGUACAUCAUGCAGUUCACGAAGGCACUCAACUUGACGCUGCGCAUCCCGGGGGACACGUUGUCGUCGCCGCCGCAGAUGGGGAUCUUCAACGGUCGCGAGAUUGUGUUUGAAACAUCGCCCAUCUCGUGGUGGAACACAGCCAAGCUCAUGUGGCGCUACGGUCCGACAAGCCUCCGUGCGUUCCGGGGGGUUGUGAAUGACCUUCUCACCCGAUUCCGACGCGUGUACGACCUGCAAGCCGCUGGUCACGCCUUCGCUGACCCCGCCGAUCUCUUGCGCGCCAUGGACUUGUAUCAUCUGACCACCGUGACGUUGGAAUCGAAGCUUGCCGAGGCGGGCGUGUCGCCUCUCUUGAUCAACGAACUCUUGGCCGAAAUCACUCGCGUCAACUAUGGCCAGAACACGACCAUGACGGCACUCGCGGGCGCGGUGGGGCUCGCUGGCAGCGGCGACGACCUGCGCGCAGUGCAGGGUGGCAAUCCAUUGAUGAUCCAAGGGCUGCUACAGCUAGCGCAAGCAAUUGUCCAUGUCAACACCAAAGUCAACGCCAUCCACACAACACCGUUGCAAGUCGACACGUCCAGUGGUUCGUUUUCCUGCGAUGCUGUUGUGGUGGCCACGCCGUUGGAGCUGUCGGACGUUCUGUUGCCUCUGACUGUUCCCAAGCGGCCGUUCCAAACAACCCACGCCACGUUUGUGGAGGGGGAGCUACGGCCAGCCAAGUUUGGCCUAGCGUCUGUUCUUUCCGCUGGAAUGAUCCUGACAGUGGAAGACGCGAGCAUUCCAUUUUCGUCCAUGGGGCUGCAGUUCCAACGCUUGGAUGCCCACAAGAACAACCAAACGGUGUCGCUGUUCAAAGUAUUUUCCCGGUCGCGGUGGACCGACGACGACGUGAACGACUGGUUUCUUGACGGUGCCAACGUGAUCAAGAGGUUUGCAUGGCGCGCGUACCCGACCUACGUUGCCCCGGAAACCAUCCCAAAGUUCAAACUCGCGGAUGGGGUGUAUUAUGUGAAUGCGAUUGAAAGUGCCGCCAGUGCCAUGGAGAUGAGCGCCGUGGGGGCGCGGAAUGUGGCGCUGUUGGUGGCCAAGCAGUUGAAGGAAAGGGCAAAGUCGUCGGAAUCGGUGUACGAAGCGACAAGGGGUGCCAAGGCUGCCACGGACGAGUUGUAAAAAUACUACAUAUACUAUAUGACGCGUAUUUGGAAAUGGAUUGGGGGCAAGUUGACAGGUAAAGUCUAGCUAAUUUAGACCAGCG